AUGGCGGUCAACCUGAACCCGGAAGCGGUGGAAUGGCAGAACCGCUGGGCGGAGCUGGAGAAUGCGUUCGCAGUGCUGGAGGCAGAGCGGGAUGUGCUGAAGGUGGAGGUCUCCAAACUGCGGCGUCAGAGCGAAGCCGAGAACAUGAAGGAGCUGUCAGCCAAGCAGGCGGUGGAUGAGAAGAAGGUCUCCGAGUUGCAGUCGCGACUGGAGGAGGCCAAGUGCUUGGCGGAUGAGAGGUGGCAAGAGCUGGAGCGAAAGCAGGAGGAGAACGCAAGGCUUUCUGAGGAGCUGCAGAAGCAGACGCUGCACCUCCAGGAAAGCGCCCAAUCCAAGUUUCAGCUCGAGGAGGAGAAGAUGAGGCGCGCCCAAGAGACCCGAGCCUUUGAGCUGCAGCUGGAGCUGCUGCAGCGCGAGAAGGCCGCAACUGAGGGACAGCUCCAGGCUCUACAGAAGGAGCUGGGUGACGCCAAAGGGGAGGCGAAAGCGAAGAGCGGGCUUCUCGAAGAGAAUGCCCGCCAGGUGCAAAAGAUGGCGGAGGAUGUGGAGGCGGCGCGUGUAGAGGCAGAGCUCCAGAAGGAGGACGCGCGGCUCGCCCGGGAGGUGGAGCAGAGAGAAAUGCAGCUCAAAGAGGCUGCGGAACGAGAGCUCCAGGAGGUGCUGAGAAGUGUGGCCAAAGACCGAGCCAGCCACGAGGAGUCGCUGAAGCAGAUGACGCAGAAGUUGGAGCAGAGCCAGGAGGAGCUGAGCAGCACGCAGGCGCGGCUGGAAGCGGCGGCCGCGGCGCAGGCCGCGCGCCUGGCAGAGGUCAGCGAGGCGGAGCUGACGACGCGGAAGGAGCUGGAGGAGCUUCGGGCGAAGCAGGACAGUUUCUCGAGCGCGCCAACUACUGGACUGCCCACAGGCAACGCCAAGUUGGCUGACCUGCUCUAUGAAGCCACGACCAGCCGGGAGGAGGACGCUGUGAAGGAGCGGCAGCUACGAGAGCAGUACCAGGAGGCCCUGGAAACUGUGGGCAGAGAGAUCAAGGAGCGGCAGCCCGCGCUGAUGAGCCAGCGCGAGGAGCUCCUCAGGCUGAAGACCCUCACCGCGCGCCUCACCAAGCAGAACGAGGAGCUGCUGGCACGGGUGGAGCAGUUGCAAAGCCAAUGUAUGGAGGCUGAGGCCCGCGCCAAGAAGUGCUCGGGCCAGCAGAAGCUCCUGGAAGGGCAUGUAAGGGAGGUGGCCGAUCAGAUGGUGGUGCUCAUACAUGAGAACCGCAGGCUCAGUGGAGCUUUACCAGAAGAAGAACACCCAGGGGACCUGAAGGCCUAUGAGGCGCAGAAGCGGGGCUUCCGCACCGUGCAGGAGUUGGUUGACCAGAACCUCUCCCUGCGGCGCUCGGUUGCCCAACUGCUCUCUGAGUGCGAGGACGAGGCCCAGAAAGAGCUGCAGCUGCUGCGGCAGCGGGAGCUCCAGCUGGAGGCCAAGCUCAAGGAGCAGGAGCUGCAAUACUCGGGUCUCUUCGAGGAGCUGAAGAAGCACGUGCAGCAGCUGGAGCAAGAGAGGGACAAGGCCAAGGAGAAGAUCAAAGCCCUGGAGGCGCAGGACGCUAUGCAAGGUGUGCGAGCUGCCGAGGCAGCUGCGCCGACGUCUUCUGGGGUUCAAGAGGCCUCCGAGCGCCAGGCGGCCUUGAGCGCGCAGGAACAGCAGCAGGAGGCAGCUGGCAGAGUGUCGACACAGUGCCACGGAGGCGCGCCGGAAAGCGGCGGAGGUGCAGGAGGAGCUGGGGAGCACCAGAGAAGCCAAGGAGCAGCUCCAGGUGUCGCUGGACCAGCUGCAGGCGGAGCUCGCGGAGCGGAAGGAGCAGCUGCGGAGGCAAGAGCAGCGUGUGGCGUCCUUGCGAGAUGGCAAGCGGCAGGAGGAGUUGCGCGCCAUGGACCUGCAGGCAGAGAUCCAUCAAGCCAAGCGUGA